AUGCCGGAUAAUGGAGAGGGCUCGUCCCUGAAUCCAGCUCGAUCUGUCCCGAUAGCGUCGUCCUCGGUGCGGUCGAGGUCCCCCGCACCGGAGUUCGGUAGCAGACAGGCUUCCAUGGCACGCCUCGCAUCCCCAGUACCCUCCCCUUCAUUGGGAACAUCCUUGUCGUCUCGACAGGGUAUUCCGGCCAGCCGACCUGUCACAAAUACCACCACGGAGCAGGAGUUUUCCAGGUCAAUUGCCAAUCUGUCCUCCGUCCCGGUCCUGGUCAUUCUAUCAUCGCAUCCCAACUCCAAGAAAGCCUUGGUCGAUCGCCUCCGAGAUUUGGAACUCCCCUCUCAGUAUGGCUCUUUCGAUACCAAAAAUGGAGCCGACUCCCCCAGCAUGGCUCCGUACGAAGACCCUGAAGUCAUCAAGCGGCAUCUAGUCACGGAACACACAGAUAAUCAAUCGGAACUUGCAACCAGCCUGGGUGGUGAGGAUAACUUCUCAAGUCUACAGCUUCAGGGUGGUGAUAUCACACGACAAGUUUACCGUUGGGCGGAGGAUGCUGAGGCCGAAGCCGCAGGGCGGUUCUUGCGCAGCAAAAGUUUCAGCGUCAGCCGACCAAGGCCAGAGGCUGAUACGGAGGACAUUGACACAAUUCGGGGGUACCCCCAUGGAAAUGGCGCACCUCAACUGCCGACUACUAGCUUCUUGGAGUUCUUGACCCUCUAUGGGCACUUUGCCGGAGAAGAAUUAGAGGAAGAUGACGAGGUACUAGGUCCGGAUGAGUAUUUCUCGUCAGAUGCUUGGGACGAGCCAGAGGGCAGGGAGUCUGGGGAAGAUGCAGCGCUGUUGCCACCUGAAACACCGGGUCUGAAGAAGAGAAAGCACAAGCAGCGCUCACCAGCAGGAACAACUACUGCAACAGGUGCAGUACUAUUGCUGCUCAAAUCCUUUGUGGGUACCGGUAUUUUGUUCCUGCCUCGGGCCUUCCUAAAUGGUGGUAUGCUCUUCAGUAGCAUGGUGCUUCUGGGAGUCUCGAUUCUGAGCUAUUACGCCUUCAUUCUUUUGGUUAAUACUCGCUUGAAGAUCGAAGGGUCCUUCGGUGACAUCGGUGGCAUUCUAUACGGCAAGCACAUGCGACGCAUCAUUCUCGGAUCAAUUGUCCUGAGUCAGUUAGGCUUUGUUUCAGCGUACAUUGUCUUCGUCUCGCAAAAUCUGCAGGCGUUCGUACUGGCUGUGAGCAAGUGUGUGACAUUGAUUGACAUCAAGUACAUGGUUUUGUUGCAGCUGGUCAUCUUCCUGCCUCUGUCUUUGAUUCGGGAUAUCAGCAAACUUGGGUUUACCGCCUUGAUUGCUGAUGUCUUCAUCCUUUUGGGUCUACUAUAUAUCUACUACUACGACAUCAGCACUCUGGUUGACCAGGGCGGUAUUUCAGACGUCAUUUCCUUCAAUCCAGCCACCUGGUCUAUGUUCAUCGGUACCGCCAUCUUCACUUAUGAGGGUAUCGGUCUCAUCAUCCCGAUCCAAGAAUCGAUGAAGCAGCCAAAGAGGUUCCCUGGUGUUCUGGCUGGUGUCAUGGUUGUGAUCACCUUUAUCUUCCUGUCUGCCGGUGCCUUGAGUUAUGCGGCUUACGGAUCGGCAACGAAGACCGUCAUCCUUCUUAACCUCCCCCAGGAUGACAAAUUUGUCAACGUGGUCCAGUUCCUCUAUUCACUCGCCAUCCUGUUGAGCACUCCGUUACAGCUCUUCCCCGCUAUCCGCAUUAUGGAGAACGAGCUCUUCACUCGCAGCGGCAAGUACAACCCAUAUAUCAAGUGGAAGAAGAACGGCUUCCGCUUCUUCCUUGUUAUGGUCUGUGCCCUUGUCGCCUGGUGUGGUGCAAAUGAUCUAGACAAGUUCGUUUCGCUGGUCGGAAGCUUUGCCUGUGUUCCAUUAAUCUACGUAUACCCGCCCCUCCUGCACCUACGCGCUUGUGCUCGCUCCAAACGCCAAGCUAUUGCUGACGUAGCUCUUGCUGUCUUUGGCGCCAUAUGCUGCGUCUAUACGACGUACCUGACCCUCAUGAGCUGGAUGGGCCCAGAUGUCCCUCAAAGCCCAGGAUACUGUGACUCUCAUUGA